GUACUGCAACCUGCCCUACUAAUUCGCUAGUAGAGAUAAGAUUAGAAGUCGAAUGUGCUGAUAAAACCAUACAAAAAGAUAACCAGAGUCAUACAGUGACGGGCUACGUUUUGGCGAAAACGGACACAAAGACAAAAGAAGUGUAAAUAUAAAUUAUAAUUGUGGUGGAUACUGAGUGCAAGUGACAAUGGUGUCGGUGCAAACUAUCGCGACGAUUGUCGUGAAGACAUUCAAGAUUGUGUUGAACAUAGUAAUUCUGGUUCUUUACCGAACUGGUUACAAUGGGGAGUUCUUGGGAGUGGGAGGUACGUGGAACUUGAAUGAGGAGAAGAAUCCAGAUGCUGAGAUCGUGGCUUCUGGAGUCAUCGUGGGCUACCUCAUAUACACACUUGUACAAAUGAUCACAUUCCUGUUUGGUACCACUGAGCAUAAAAGGGCAAUGUCAGAGAUAGUGAUGAACUUCGUGGGUGUGUUCAUGUGGAUCGCCGUGGGGGCCGUAGCUCUGCACUACUGGGGAGGUUACCAGGGAGAGCACCAAUACCAGUUCGUGUUUGCUGAGAAACAGGUGGGUAUUGCUGUCGGUGCCCUCUGCGUGAUCAACGGUGCAGUGUAUCUCUUAGACACGGCACUAUCCGUCAUACACUUCACAAAGGAGAUGUAAACUUAGCACUUAAUAAAAAAGAACUUAAUUUUAUUUUCUAAUUUUAAGUAUAAUUAAGUGUUUUACGAACGAUUCGAACCAUUAUUUUUAUUCGAGUAAUUGCAGUUAAUAGUUUAAAAAUCCUUUUAUAAUUCGAUCUGAGGAUUUAAUAUAAUAAGGAUUAUGACA